GCGAGGAUUUAAUGUAUCAGCACAACUUGCAGAGGCUCUGAGUACCAUCACAGAAGAUGGUGUUACACCCUUUGACCAAACCUUCUUCCCUAAUAGAAACAAGCUUAAGAAAGGCAGCUUAAUGCGUCGAGAAAAUUUUGCUGAGUUUUUGAAAAAAGUAGCAACAUAUGGUGCUAAUAGUUUUUAUGCCCUGGAAUUUGGUGUGGAAGAAAUGGAAGCACUAAGAGCCAAGGGGUCAGAAAUACAAGUGAAAGACUUUGAUGAUUAUAGGGUUCGGGAAAGGCCAUGCAUCCAUAUGUCCAUAAAUAAUAGGUCACUCUAUACAGCUCCUGCACCAUUUGGAGGUCCUCAGCUUUUGACAGCAAUACAUCUUUUACAAAACUCAAAAAUAACCCACAGUACCCCACUCUACACCCUCUACCAUUCUUUCAUUGAAGCCAUCAGAAGAAGCUAUGCGGGGUUUAUCGAAUUAGCAUAUGCAGAUGAAACGGAUCUUCAAAAUCGGACUGAGUUGCUUUUGUUAUCAACCUCUGACGAAGCUAUAGACUCAUCGGUAACACCAGCCAGUCCUGAUGUGCCACUUCUUCCAGAACAAGCUGCUUCAUCCAUUUCUGUUAUUGACACCUUUGAUCAAUAUGUCACAACAGUUGUAGGACUGGGGACAUACUUCGGUUCAAGGGUUAUGACAAAACAUGGGAUCCUCUUCAACAACCACUUGGCUAAUAUGCUGCCUCACCCGUCUACCCACCCAGAGGAUGUCCCACACUCUCAUGCUCGACCCCUCACCUCAUACACUCCAGUAAUUCUGACUAACACCAGACAGGUGUGUGGAACAAGAAUAGUUUUGGCAAGCCCAGAUGUUGGGGCAGCAGUGCAAGUAGUGGGACAGAUGGUGUUUCGGGAGAAUGACCUGACACAAGCCAUUGAGCAGCCCAGAUUCACUGUGAAGCCCGGCACCAACCAAGUGUUUGUAGAAGAUUUGAGAAAUGCUGAUCGUCUUCCUGGCUCCGUCCGUAACAAAUUAAUUGCUAUGAACCAUAGCCUUGAGUUACUCCAUCUACCAUAUACCAGUGUUAAUGGUAUUACUAAAAAUAAAGACGAGUUAAUAUCAUGGUCUGAUGCUCGUGGUGGGGGAGUUGCUCACAGGUUAGAGACUGCCCCCAAACAUACAGGGAAUAAUACUGAUAAACCUUAAAUAUUUCACUUUUGAUAUAGUCUGUGCAGUACAGUACAGUAUAUUCUUAUGAAUUUCUGUAUUUUAUGUAUAUCCAAGUACCCGUAUGUCUUCUUUCAGUGUUUGUUAUGGAAUAUAAAAGUUGUAAUAAUUUGCUGAGGGUGGUUCUUGUCAUAAAGAAAAAAUGCACUUUUUGUUGACUUGUU